AAUAAAAUAGCACAGCAGAGAGAGAAGGUCCGGUUUGGUACACUUAUGAUUAUUUCCGGCUAUGAACCUCGUAGCCUUUUCUUCUGUCAUCAUCACCCUUCUUAUUAUUUUUCAUAAAACUUUUAAUCUCUCACUACACACCAUUCAUCCCACUUUCAAUUUUUCUACCCAUUACAAUCUUUUCACAAAGUUUGAAGCUUUAUUCCUUUUCAACCUCACCCAUCUUCUCCUUUUCAUUGAUUCAGAGGUCAUGCUUUGCCUCUCCGUACGUUCUGUCUUCUGAAUCUUCUCAACACUCACUGGAAACAAACUACACAGGAGUACCACCAACAAAAAGAAAAACAAGAUCAGUGAAAGUUUAAUGGAGUGAGACAUGGAAGAUGAAAUUGACGACAUGAGAGUCUUUUAGGAGACCCUCUGUCUGUAUGGGAGGCUUAUUACACUUUUUUGAAUUCCAUCAGGGGAGGAUGGCCAAAAAAGUCCUUGCUCGUAAGAGACAUCCUGGUGGUCUGGAUGCUCCUCGAAAUAGUCUAGAUUUGCAAGUAGAAACACCUCAGAACUACCGACCAGAAGGAGACUUACCAUACACUUAUCAAGUUGAAGAAGAGAAUAAUCGUUCUUCAAAUGUGGGUUCAAUGAAAAAACUGAUCAAUGAGGAGCUAUCCAAACAAUCAAGCACCAGACAAAAUGCGCCAAGCCUUGUGGCAAGGUUGAUGGGGAUAGAUUCGAUGCCACUGGAGACUAAAUAUGUUGUUCCAUCAGAUAAAAGAAUAAUUGAAAAUAAGGGGAAGAGGUCUUCAGACAAAGGAAUGAAUAGAAGGGGUUCAGUUAGUUGGGGUUCUUCCAACUUUAACUCUUCUAGCCAGAUGGAUUUUGAAUCAUUAUAUGUAGACAUAGAUGAUGAUGAUGAUGAUGGAUGGAAUCAUAGUUUUGGAGAACCAAGGCCACGAGAUCAUCCUCAAGAAGAGGAACUCCAGAAAUUCAAGGAAGAGUUUGAAGCAUAUCAAUCAGCAAGGUUUCUGGAGUGUUCAAAGGUUGUUGAUAUUGGUAGUGUUCCUAGACGAUUGCUUGCUCAAGAAAACCUGAAGAAGGAAAAGGUGGCACAUAAUGAUUCAGUUUUACAAAGGGCAGGAGCAGGGAAACUUGCAGAUCUUGACAGCCGUUCAUUCAAAACAAAGACACCUGACAGUUAUAGUUCAGAAUAUCAUGGUAACAUGAUGGACUUAAUCCCAGCUAUGCAAAGGAAAACCUUUCCUCCAAGGAGUAGAACACUAAGUAGAGACUUUGAGGAGACCUUAAUGAUGAAAUCCUGCAACAGAUUAGACAUAUCAUCUUCUCCCACCAGGAUUGUUAUCUUGAAGCCUGGUCCUGAUAGCAUUUGCAACCAUGAAGAGAAUUGGACCAUUUCUUCAGAAACUAUACAAGGGAGAAAUAGUAUAGAGGAUUUUCUUGAAGAGGUGAAAGAGCGUUUGAAAUGUGAACUGCAAGGGAAAAUUGUCAAAAAGGGUUCUGUGAUUCGAGGGAGUGGAAUUGAGACACCUUACAAUGAAAAACCAUCUAAUCCUAAACUAAUAGCCCGUCAUAUAGUAAAGCAAGUCAAAGAAAGUGUGGCUAGAGAUGCUGAAACAAAUUUACUCCCCUCAGAAUCAACAGGAUCAUACAAAAGCGAAAUGCAGUUAAAUGGACCAAGCUCCCCAGAAAUUGUCAGCAGAGAUACCAGGAGGUUCUGGUCAGAGAGGCUAAGAAACGUAAUGAGAAAUGAAACACGUGCUGACAUUCCUGAGGGAAAAUCAAGGUCACUUGCAUUAGACAACCAUAAAGCUAGACUAAAGCAAAUGGGGGAUAUUAGGAAGUAUGCAAGUAACUGGGAAAUUUCCAAAGAGGACACAUCAAUACAAACAGGAUCUUUCAGGCAUGAACUGGAUGAGAAUAUGUUGCUCCACAAGGAGUUGUCCCCAAGGAACCUUGUAAGAUCCUUGUCUGCUCCUGUAUCACGAUCAGGAACAUCAUUUGGGAAGCUUCUUCUAGAGGACCGCCACAUUUUAACUGGUGCUCAGAUUCGGAGAAAGCUUGAAGCUGUUGAAACCAUGUCUGUUGAUGUCAAAAAACCAAAAAAGGACAGAUUUAAUAUUAAAGAAAGAGUCUCCAAUUUUAGAUAUAGUCUUGCUCUAAGAAGGAGGCUUUUUGGCAGAAGGAUUCAGUCAAUGGUAGAAUCACAUGGCAAUGAAUAUGGUCCUAUGGUGAGAGAUGUCACAAGUGGACCAACAGUUCUCAUGAACUGUGGUGAGAGGCAUGAGAACUCCACUGAGGUACCUCCGAGUCCUGCAUCUGUGUGUAGCAGUGUUCAUGAAGACUUUUGGAGGCGGACUGAAUAUUUAAGUCCAAUAUCAACUCCUGACGUGUCUUCAAGAGACGAUAAUGUUGUGCCCCAAGUUUUCAGAGAUAUCAGCUCUGGUUUGAAUGAGCUAAGGAGACAACUCAAUCAACUUGAAUCCAAUGGUCGUGAGGACUUCACUGUGAAACAGGAGCCUGCUGAGUCUGAAUUAGAUCAAUUAGAGGAUCCAGCAGAAUCUUACAUAAGAGAUCUACUUGUUGCUUCUGGUCUUUACUUUGGUUCGUGGGAUAAAUCUUUAUUAAGAGGGGACACGUUUGCAAAGCCUAUUGGCAACUCUGUUUUUCAAGAAGUGGAAGAAUCUCGCAAGAAACGGGUCAACGAAAAUGAUGAAAGCUGUAUGAAGGAUCAGAGUGAGAAUAAGCAUGACCACAAGGUUUUGCUUGAUUUGUUAAAUGAGGCACUUUCAGUUGUUCUUGGUCCACCUUUGACAUUGUCUAGAUUCAGAAGGAAAUUAAGCAACUCUUCCAUGUUGCUACCACCUUCUGGAAAGGAACUGUUGAACUUAGUAUGGGACAUUAUCCGUGUUUCUUUAUAUCCUCCAUCUGACAUAUCUACUUAUUCACUUGAUACUUUGGUGGCUCAACACCUAGGAUCCAUCCCUUGGUCUGGAUUGAUAAAUGACGAGAUCAAUAUAUUGGAAAGAGAUAUAGAAUGGCUAAUAACUGAUGAUCUGGUUGAAGAACUCACAAAGGAUAUGUUUUAAGAGGUAGUGAGAAGUACCAUUUUACAUUAUCAUUGUGACAAUAAAGAAUUCUGCACAUGGAGCAAGGCUUAUACAUGAUUACUGAAAUUUGAAGAUAACCACCUAAUUGAUAUUGCUGUGUACAUAUAUAGUAGUUGAUGUGAAUGCUUGUUAUAUAGAAGCAUUGAGUUGCGUUAAUACAUACUGUACAUGAGUGGAAUUAUUAGGCUUAUUUUUUUCAAAGCAGAAAAUUGAUUGAUGAUUGUAGUUAUAAUAUUUUUUCAAUUUUGGUAAAUGUGUUAAACUGUUAUUCUUACGAAAGUCAAAUACCAUUACUAAUAA